AUGAGCCAUACACACGGUACUUUAGAAGUAACUAUCGUUGAAGGUCGUCAUUUAAAAGAUGAAGAUAUUGUUGGAAAAAAUGAUGCCUAUGUUGAACUUUAUGUGGAUAAACAUUAUAAACAGCGAACAACAACAACUGCUCAAAAUUCUAAUAAUCCAACAUGGAAUGAAAAAUUUACUUUUCAUUUACAAAAACAUGAUGAUGAUUUACAUUUACAUGUAUACGAUGAUGAUGUUGUCGGAAGAGAUUCUGUUGGUUCAGCAAAGAUUGAUUUAAAAAAACAUGUCUUUGGUAAAGGUCGUUAUGAUGACUGGGUUAAAUUACCAGCCAUGUUAGGUCUUCGUUCCAAAGGUGAAAUUCAUGUCAUCAUUGAGCAUCAUCCGUAA